GUCAACUCAAGGGUUAGAUAUGUCAUCUAACAGCAUAUACAACCAUCGUCAUCUCCAACCCGCGAAUGCAGCUCCUGCUCCAGCCCAGCCCCAGUCCGUAUCCACGAGCAGACUGGGUGAACUCCUUGAUAUCGUAAAGCAAGAAUUUGAUUCUAUCUCGUCAAACGGCGUUAUGAUAAAGGAGCAAAGGGAUGAGUAUGAGCAUAAGCUUGCCGCACAAAUAAAUGAAAUACACACACUUAGGCAGUCUUUUCAUGAUUUGAAGAAUCUGCACACAGAACUAGUUACUAGGUACGAAGAAGAAAUAACAAGAUUGAGGAGAGAACUCGAGAGUCGGCAAGGCCAAUCUCCUAUCACCGUACAGCCUAAUUCUGCUCAAGCAACCCGCGCCGGAACACCGACCGUUGUAGCACCAACAAACAAACCUACAACCCUUCCUCCUCCAAGCCUCAAUCAAAACGCCCAGCCGUUCUCUGCUAUCAAUCCUCCAAAGUCAUACCCUCAUUCUCCACUUCCUUCAGGAACGGCACCAUACGCUGCACAACCAACCGUUCCUCCUCAGUUGCAGUCUGCUACUCGUCCACAGUCUCCUUACCCUAUUCCACCUGUUCAACAAAGCCAACAAGCUCAACCGCAGCCACCAUCGAGCGAGCAACAACAAUCAAGCGCUCUUCAACCUAUUACUCCUAAUCAAUCAAUAGACUUUGGCGACCCAGAGGCUUUCCCUAGAGACUUUAAAAAGGAGGGAAGUGAUUGGAUCGCAAUGUAUAAUCCUUCCAUCAAACGCAACAUCGAUGUUUCUUUGGUCCAUAACCUCGUUCACGAAUCUGUCGUAUGCUGCGUUAGAUUUAGUGCAGAUGGUAGAUUCCUUGCAACAGGUUGUAACAAAACUGCUCAAAUUUACGACACCAAGACUGGUGCUAAAACUUGCGUUUUAGCUGAUGAUAACGUUCCAAUUAAGGGUGAUUUAUACAUUCGUAGCGUUUGCUUUAGUCCAGAUGCAAAAUAUCUCGCUACAGGUGCAGAAGACAAGCAAAUUAGAGUUUGGGACAUCGCCAAGCGUAAAAUAAAAUCUCUUUUCACUGGUCAUAAGCAAGAAAUUUAUUCACUUGAUUUCUCAUCUGAUGGUAAAUUCAUCGCAUCAGGUUCAGGUGAUAAAACUGCCCGUUUAUGGGAUGUUGAAACUAACACUUGUUUACAUACUUUCAACAUUGAGGAUAUUAUUAUGUGUGAUACUGGUCCAAUCGACUCAGGUGUCACUUCAGUAGCUAUAUCACCUGAUGGUAGAAUGGUUGCUGCAGGUAGUUUAGAUACAAAAGUUAGAGUUUGGGAUGUUAAGACUGGUCAGCAAUUAGAAAGAUUAACCGGACAUAAAGAUAGCGUCUACUCUGUUGCUUUUGCACCUGAUGGUCAAUCUUUAGUUAGCGGUUCACUUGAUCGCACAUUAAAAAUUUGGGACCUGAGUGGCACGAUAAAAGCAAUCAACGGUGGAAACCCUCCUCAAGUUCAAAAUGAAAUUAAUGGUGAAAAGACUGGCUAUGCAGUCUGUAUUAACACUUUAGUUGGUCACAAAGAUUAUGUAUUGUCUGUUGCUGUUUCUCCUGACGGCCAAUGGAUUGUUUCAGGAUCAAAAGAUAGGGGCGUUCAAUUCUGGGAUCCUAACACUGCGCAAACUCAAUUGAUGCUUCAAGGACACAAAAAUUCAGUCAUUUCUAUUGACUUAUCACCUCGUGGACUAUUCUUAGCAACCGGUAGUGGUGAUUAUCACGCUAGGAUCUGGAGUUGUACAGCUGAACAGUCUUAGUUUCGAAUCUUGUAUCCAUAUAGUAAAUCGACUUUUACAGUUUAUCACACUAAAAAUCUGUAUAAAUAAUUUACCACUAAGCUGCUUAUCGUUUAUUAAAUGCUUAUUCGUGAUUGAUUUGGUUUAUCUUAUAACCAAUUUGUUGAUUAAGAACUUUGUUCUGGUUGUAUUUUCUGAAAAUCUUGCCAUUUUUCUUAUCUCUGAUAACCUUCAAGAUCUUCCUAGAAAUUGCUUUAUGGCCUGCGUUGACAGAUUUGUCUGUCAUGAAGUUGAUGAACGACUUCUCAAAAGCUUUUAAACCCAGCCAAUAAAUUAAGUAAGAUGAUAAACUACAACUUGCAUUUUCUUUUGUUGAGACUUUGAAUAGUGUGUAUUUGACACCAAAUUCUACAAUUUUCUCUAUAGAUGACUGAAGAUGAGAAACUCGAAGCAUUUUGAUGUCAAGUACACUUGAUAGAUAAGUGAUCAUUUUUAUAGCACAUACGAAGUAAUUCUCAUAAAUGUUUCUCCUCACUGUUGUAUUCGAGUUGAAGUUGCUGUCAGUAUAUAGAGCGUGUGCGUGUUGUUUAAACGAUUGAAUCAAUUUCUGCGAAAGAGAUUGGCCAAUUUUGUUACCGGAACCGAUUGAAAACGAGUUCCUAAUAUCAUCUUGCAAAACCCUACCAUAAUCCGCCUUAACAUCAAGUGUUUUUGUGUUAAUUAGAAGACCACACCAAGGAAAAUAAUCAUCAGAUCUGUGACACCUAUUGAUAGUAUUGCAACCAUCGAAUGAUAUAUCAAAGUUAACGAGUGUCUUAUGCUCGCUAAUCUUGGCCCCGUAUUGUGGAAAACCCUCCCUAAGCCUCUGCAGGAACGUUCUUGCCUCUUGGCGAGAAGUAGUUAUCAAGAUAAAGUCAUCAAUAAAGCGUAGAAGUAAUGAAUUGUUGGAAUCCUUGACAAAUUUCAACUCAUUCGACUCUAAGUUCCCAUAGAAAAAACUGCAGAGUAUAGUUGACAGUAUACUUCCUUGUGGUAUGCCUUUUGCUUGUCGAAAUACAUCAGUUCCAAUCUUGACCAAGUUUUCUGUUAUGUGCUCAUUUAGUAGCUCCAAUAGGUCGUCUUUUUCUACUUGGGGAUGUACCACUUGGUCAGCAAGAAUGACAUUUCUCAAUGACAUUGAUAAAGUCGAAGCAAGUUUGAUGAAAAUAUUCUGUUCAUAUUCUGGCAAAGCUUGUCGCUUAAAUUUGCAUUGCGAUUGGCCGUCAGACGUAGACAUCAUACUGUACUUUUGUAUAAGAUAAUCAUCCUCGCGGAUAACAUCUUGCAAUAAUUCCAUCAGUAAUUUUUGGUCAAUUGUAUCGAAACAACAUUGAAUAUCGGCCUUGACAAAGUAAAAUCUUUGAUUUUUUCGUUCAUUUGGAUGACCAAUUAAACGCAGUUUGUAUUCUUUCAACUUUUCAAAUGCCUCAUGUGAACCCAAUAGACUUGCACCCAUCGCGUUUGGUUGGCGAAGACGUUCGUAAGUCAAAACAUCAAAAGCUGAUCGUAGAAUAUUAUUGAUCGAUCUACCACGCUUAUAUCCAACGAUCUGACCAAAUCUUUCUUCUGGUAUCCAGCAUUGAUUACGAAGAUUGACGAUCGGUCGUACACCUGUUUCCUUGGGCAUAAGCCUCACGAAUGAUGGCUGUAAAGUUUUAUCCGUAAUAAUUAAAUCAUCAUCAGCCUUCUCGAAAAUGCUAUCUGAUAGCUGAUCCAACAAUGGUUCAGUCGUGAGAAGCCAAUCAUCGUGUCUGAAAUAAUACGUGCGUUUCCUAUUUGCAGACGAAUCUGAUAUAUAAAAUGUAGUUUUCAGUAAAGGUAUGAUAAACUCUUCAAAAAUCCAGUAUAUCCACUCCAAAACAACUUCAUUUACCUUCUUCUGUUCACUGUAGGGUAUACGAUGUGUAUUAUCAUUGUAUGGCUUGGCAUAAAAGCAUUUGAAGUCUUUAAUAUGUAAACCUUGGAUGAGGGUAUGUAGGGUCACUGUUUCGUAUUUUCUCAUACUUAUGAAAGUGUCAAUUGCAUCGAAAAUUUUCAAUUUAUUGUAUGUUGAUCCAAAUAGAUCUUUUGGUAUAACAUCAGCAACAAUAGAUUUCACAAAUCGUUGUACUUCCGAGUGUGAACACUCCAAAUCUUGGAAACAAGGAGGGGCUUGUGUGCUGUCUCGAAAAAUAUCUGCGGCUUUUCUAGGUGUGAAGUCUUUUCUUGACAUUUGAGUGAACAAAUUUGGACUGCUUGGUUGGUUUUGGUUUAAAGAUACGGACAUAUUGAUGAAAUCGUUAUCCAUCAAUUGAGUCAAAUCCAUGUCCUUUCCAUUAGUUCUACUCCUGCAGUGUCGUUUCAACUGCCCUGUAUAGUCAAAUUUAAUAUGCCUAUUUAUUAAUCUCUCCAUCGUAGGAAC